AUGUCAAGAGAAAAAGCCACCUCUCUGAAGGCUCGCAUCCAGUCGUUUGAAGCGCGCACCCGAGAAAGAACUGCACACAGCGCGCUUGAGCUUGCAUACGCCGGGUUUUCCUUUGACCCAACAGGCACCUCCGACGAUGCAGUGGUCUGCAAUUUCUGCGGGAAAGCUCUGGAGAACUGGAGCAGCUCUGACGUUCCUGCAAUAGAGCACCAGAAACACUCGCCCAGCUGCAUUCUUUUCAACGCGCACGAGAUGAAGGCGCGGCUUCUGUCUUUCAAAUACGGGCUUCAUGCAAUAAAGGGAGCUUCUUUGCGGUCUCUUGCUCUCAACGGCCUGUUUAUGUACAACAUAAAAAACUCUUCUCCACACAUGAUAUGCAUACACUGCGGGUUUUCCUGCGCAGUUGUGGGAAGCCAAAUGCACAAAAUAGCUCCGCGAAUCAACGAGCUGCACUUGUGGCACGCCCCAAAGUGCAUCCCAACGCAGGCCGAGCACGCUGAGCAAAUGCAAAAGAAUGCACAGGACGACAGCACAAAGACGUGCUUUGUCAACAAGGUGAUUUCGCGAGAAGUCUGCCUGCGCGCCGGCACGAGGUACAGAAUCAAGCUGGACGAGCACCCGGAAAACAACAUAGAAGUCAUUACGCCCAAUGGAUCAGAACUUAUGACAACCGGAGAUCUCCCAGCAAAAGCCGACUUCCAGAAAAGAAGCCGAUUCCGGGGCGUGGGCAAGAAGGCCGCAAACAAAAAGCCCAAUUUGCUGGACACAUCCUUUCUGGAGUCCUCCUUUAGCGAGGCUGCAGCGCACGAAGACUCCCCUCUGGAAAACAACGCGCCGCCCCAAGCCGAUUCUCCAAGCGCUUUGGAGAACGUGCCGGAAAAGCAGGCGCCAGCGGCUGCCUCCGCAUGCAAAGACAGCGCCUUGGAGACGGCAGAUGGCAGCAUCCAGCCCAACCCAAUUGUUUCAGAUCUUGCGAAAUUUCUGACUCCAGAGGAACAGUCCUCGCUUCCUUUGAAGGAUGCCCUCUACUUGGGCCUGGCCAGAACGCUAGAGCACAUUAGAGAAAUAACAACCCAGGAUAUAGAAGAAGUCCGCAGGGAGCUGUCGCAGCAAUUUCCAUAG